AUGCUCCGGUGGCGGGGCCGGGCGCGGGGCGUCGCGGUGGCGGUGGCGCACGGGCUGUGCUCGGGCUCGCUGAACAUCCUGCUGAAGUUCCUGCUGGCCCGCUACCACUUCGCCUUCCUAACGCUGCUGCAGUGCCUCAGCAGCGCGGCGGCGGCGCUGGGGCUGGAGGCGCUGCGGCGGCGGGGGCUGGCGGCGCUGCCGCCCUUCGGGCCCCGCCUGGCGCGCCCCUUCGCCGCCGUGGCCGCCCUGGCCACCCUGCAGUCCACCCUCACCCUCUGGUCGCUGCGCGGCCUCAGCCUCCCCAUGUAUGUCGUCUUCAAGCGCUGCCUGCCCCUCGUCACCCUGGUCACCGGCGCCCUGGUGCUCCGCGACGGCAUGCCCUCGCCCGGCGUCCUGGUCGCCGUCCUCAUCACCACCUGCGGCGCCGCGCUGGCCGGAGCUGGUGACCUGACCGGGGAUGCUAUGGGCUAUGUGACAGGUGUGCUGGCCGUGCUGAUACACGCUGCCUACCUGGUGCUCAUUCAGAAAACCAGUGUAGAUAGUGAAUAUGGACCCCUGACAGCUCAGUAUGCCAUUGCUGUUUCAGCCACCCCCUUCCUCAUCAUCUGCUCCUUCGCCAGCAUGGAUUCCAUCAAUGUCUGGUCCUUCCCAGGAUGGAAGGAUCCUGCAAUGGUAUGCAUCUUUAUUGCUUGUGUCCUGAUUAGCUGUGCCAUGAACUUUACCACCCUUCACUGCACUUACAUUAACUCGGCUGUGACCACCAGCUUUGUAGGGGUGGUGAAGAGCAUAGCCACCAUCACGGUAGGCAUGGUGGCAUUCAAUGAUGUGGAGCCCACAAAGUUAUUUAUAGCCGGUGUUGUGGUCAACACCUUGGGGUCUAUCAUUUAUUGCGUGGCCAAGUACAUUGAGACCAGGCGGCAGAGCAACUAUGAGGACCUGGAGAAAGAAGCUAGAGAAGAGGAGGGAAAAAGGCAGUCUGGAGACCAAGCUCUGUUUGCCAUGGAGACAAUAUCCCAGGUGAAGGGGGCUGAGGAAGCAGCAGUGGAAGGAUCAUCCACAGGGCAGAGACAGAGUGGAGAGGAAGAGAAGGACACCACUGAGAAAUCAGCCAAGGCACUUGUGGUUCAGGGAAAAUCCACGAUCACACAAGAAGUGAACAGAAGCUCAUUGAAAGAAGCCUAUCUUGGAGUAUGGAGGUUGGUGAGGGGUGCUAAUUAUAUAAAGAAGGAUUAUUUGAUAGAAAAUGAAGAGCUACCAAACCCUUAAAAAGCAGAUUUGGAAGCUUAUUGUUUGAGGACAGACACCUGGUUUUCUGUACAGGGGGAAGGCAGAGCAUACAUUUCCACAUCAAUACUUAGAAAUCCAAGUCAUUCAGGAUGAUUUUACCUCAUUGUCAAAAAGCAAAAGGUCAUAGUUUGCUCAUGCUCUGGGCUUGCUUUCAGCUGCUUUCAGUAUGUCACUUUAUACCCACCUCAGCUAAGGUACUGACACUGCUGCAGACACAGAGAGCUGGGUAAGGGGUGCUUGCCCAGCAGCUGGGAAUGUGAGGGAUAUCGGUGCCAUUGAGAUACGUGGCAGUACCAGUGACACAACAGUGGCUUAUACCUUAGAUUGUGUCUGGAGCCUGGUGAUUUGGAGGCUCUGUCAGUGUGUUUCUGUAUCUGUAUCCAUCCAAUUAUAGGUACUCUACAUAACUAAUUCCUACAAUAUAAACUCAUAUUAACUGUACUUUUUUGUGCUCCUCUGUGUCAAUACAAUUGCAACAGAGCUAGAGGUUGUACCACUUCAGUUAUAUUGGUGUAAAAUCACUCUCUUAUCUCAUGAAUUGAAGCCUUCCAGGCCAAGCCUUGGACGUGGUUAACAUUGGGUGCUUUGUGUCUUCAGUAGAAAUCCUUUAGUCUUGUGGUGAUAUACAUGAAAGCAUCUGAGCUUCUGAGAAGCUUUGACUGGCAAAAGAAGGAUGUUUAUCUAUGAGCUUUAACUAUACGUAGCAUUUGGAAUAUUAGCUUGACUCAAAUAAAAGAGUUUGGAAAUGUUGGUAUGUAUUGAUUGGAUUUGGGAGGGCUAUAAAAAUUUAGGGAGAAAGUUUGUGCCUUGUGUUAUCCCUCCUUGUACCCUAAAAUUGGAUGAAUCAGAGCCUGGACUGGAACCUAGGUGUUCUCUCCAUUCAUUCUCUCAUAAGCUGAGGCUGAGAGGAGACCUGGGGACACCAACUCUGAAGUUCCCAGGGGUGCUUUUGCAGGACAGUUGUGCUACAUCCUGGCCACGUGCUGGUACGUGGCUUUGUGCAUAUCCGCCCUCGCUGUCCCUGUGCUCUGCUGUCCAGUGGAACAAAGUGCAGGCAGGCAGCAGGAGCUGCCCGGUGCUCCGGCAGAUCCCCUGGCCGAGUGCUUGGGGAGUGGGAUGCUCUGUGUAUUCGGCACGGGGACAUCCAUGGCUUUGGCAGAAGCAGCUCCUCAGUGCCCAGACCAUCCCUGUCCCCAUGGGCUGCAAGGGGCAGAGCUGCCUUUCCCCUUGGAAACUCAUGUGCUCAUGUGGGAAGUGGGAAGCAGGUGCUCCAGCGAGGCCUCUGCUGAACAUACUAGUAUUUUGUCCCACAUCUGUUUAACUGAAAAGACUGUGGAAACAGAUGUUUGAGUGGUUUUUCACCUGAAGAUAUCCAUUUGGUAGGUGGGAGUACUUGGGUGAAACCUUUUCUCACCCCGAAAGUGUGCUGCAGCCAUUUGAGUCCAGCUUGACAACAGACCGAAACAAGGUAUUACCAUUUUCUUAAAAAGUGAACCAAGUUUGUUGUUGUUGUUUUUAAUAUUGUUAUUGUUGUUAUUAAUAAUUAUUUAUUAUUAUCUAUUAAGCCACUGAACUGAAAAUCAAUUAUUCCCUAAUUAACCAGUGCCUAGCCCAGCGCUCCCUCCAGCUGAGCAGGCAGCAUUAGCCUCACAGCGGGUUCAGUCUGAAGUGAGCAAUUUGCCCAGCAGGGAAUAUUUGCAAAACUGCUCUCUGGGGGAGCUUUAGGUUCUUGUCAAUAAAUGCAGGCAGAAACAUCAGGUACUGUGGCAGUGUGUUUUCAGAAUGACUGCAGAAGUUGGCUGACCUGGCAUCACCCAUGAAUUUUGACAGAGACGGCUAAAAGGACAUUUAUGCUAAAAGCCUGUAGCUGCUGAGCUGGGGGACAGGGCACGGAGCCCUGUACAUUACACGUUAUGUAUAGCUUGUGUUUAAGAGGUACUGGCUGUACGCCAAAACACGUUUACCUUCUGUUCGAGCUCCAUAUGGGAUCUUUUCAAUAAAAGUACUAUUUAUUGUUUCUAGGCUAAUAUAAUAGGGCUUUUGUUAGUUUUUGAAAUGCAUCCUAGACUAAAGAAGUUUGUGCCUACGACUUAUAGUUGCUGUAUUACUGAACUCAUUGCAAUAUUGAGCUGCAUUGUAAUCAUACAGAUGGUUGGAGAGAAACCCACAAUUCUGAUCUGUCCUCACUGUGUUUUCUGUCCACAAAAAAUGUGGAUCUUCUAACCACCUGGGUGCCAGUCUUAGAUCCUGUAGUGCACACACUGUGUUUGACACGUGCUCUAGGAAGCUCUCCCACUGGACUCUUGUUUCAGGACUUUUUCCUGGGGGGAGGUUAAAUGUUCUGCCACUUACUGUUGUUAAAUUGUAGAAAUCUGUGGAAAUUCAAACAGUUUUGACUAUUUAAAAAGCUGCUGUUACAAUGUUGUACAUUUGCAUGUAUAGUUGAAAUGUGAUUAUAUUGUAUUCUGUUUUUACCUGUAAAUUCCCUAAAUUAAAAUGGGAAUUUGGCAAACGCAAUCCAGUUUUUCAGUAGCAGACACUGUCGCACAACGAAAUAAAAAUACUGCCUCGUGCUGAGGUAUUUUAAGAGCAUCAGUGGAAGAUAGUAGAAUGAGAUGUGGGAAUAAAAUGCACUGCUUUCCAAAA